AUGGCGGUAGAAUCCCCCGCCCUAGCAGAUGCCUUGAUCGCUUGGUCAUCGGGCCACCUCUCCGCUUAUGACAGUGCCUAUCAUAUAACGGCUCUAGAGGCGCGAGCCACUUCCCUCCGCGCAUUAGCAAAGGCUUUAAUCUCAGAGGAUAUUGCCAGUCGGGAGACGAACGCAGCGGCUAGCCUUGUUCUUCUAACAUCCGAAGUGUGCCUUGGAGAUCAUACCAAGUGGUACAACCAUCUUAUAGGCGUGCAGCAAAUUAUUGAAUCUUCUCGAUCACCAGUCGGUGCGGAUGGGCUUGUGCUUUGUGGACCUGAGGCUCUGAGGCAAAGCCCAGAAGGGCGGUGGGUCCUACGAAAUUUCGCGUACCACGAUAUUCUGGGCAGUGUCACUCUCAGAAGACCUCCUUUAAUCCCAGGGAGUUAUUUGGAAGAAAUCACAGAUGUUGUUGAUACAUAUAUAGGGGUUGGUUCUGAGAUAUUGAUCUUUAUCUCUGAGAUCAGUUGUCACUACACCUCGAGCCUCGCACACGGUUACCUCUCAUCAGACGAGGAAAAUCCAGACCUGACAAAUUUGUGGUCAGCAAUCGAGCAGAAAAUAAAGAACUGGAGGUGCCCACCAGGCACAUUGCAAAAUUUAGAAUCACUAGCAUACGCAUAUCGCUGCGCUGCGUUGGUUCAUCUCUACCGCCAGACCUUUCGCAGUUUGAAGCCCAUGCAUGAUGAUACCCCCUGGGAGCUACGCGAGAAUCUUACGCUUUCUCUGAACUCAAAAAUUGCAGUGGAGGUUUCUACAACUCUGCAAUACGUGGCCAAUAUCCCUCUGAAUGAUGUUCCCGAAUCUGCCCUUCUUUUCCCUCUGUUCUUGGUCGGAGCUGAGGCAACGCAUAGCUCCCACAUGGAUACGAUCCGUAUUCGACUAAGCCUCAUGGCGAAAAAACGCAAUUUUCAGAAUAUACAACGCGCGUUGGGUGUUCUGGAGGAGAUAUGGGAGCAUCGAUCCCAGGGGUUUGGAAGUAACCAACUAGAUUGGCAGGAUAUCGUGGGUCAACAGAGCGAUGAUCUUCUUUUGACAUAG